GGGCUCCUGUUCACCAAUCCUCCAGGUGACUCCCAGCCAUGAAGACACUAGUUCUCCUCUCUGCCCUUGUCCUGAUGGCCUUCUACGUCCAGGUUGAUCCUACCCAAGAGACAUAUGAAGAGACUAAAACUGAGGAGCAGCCAGGGGAAGAGGAUCAGGGUGUGUCUGUGUCCUCCGGAGUCCCAGAACGCUAUGUUCUUGACGUUGCAGGCCAAGAAUGGCCUCCCCAGUGUCCGAAGUGCCCAGUGUGCUUGAAGUGCCCACAGUGCCCACAGUGCCCCGGGUGCCCGAGGUGCAAUUGCAUGACAAAAUGAAACUGCAAUCAUCAUGGAAGGUCCUAAUAGCAUAAAUUCUGCUGCAGCUGAACAUGGAAUCCGGGUCCAGGAAACCAUUUGUUCUUGGACCUCACCAUCUGUCAAUACCCUUGUGCUAAGCCUUGACUGUUCUUCCUUCUACAAUAAACUUCUUGCAGAAAA